UUAUGCCUUGUUCGAACGCCUACUAAAGAGUGGAGCAAAGGACGUUUGUGCUGUGUAAUGUGUAAAAUAAAGAGCCAGAGCCCAACAGUUGUCAAAUAUUUUCCGCAGCUCAAUUAACGAGUCAAACCACCAUUACUCACGGCGGGUGCCACCCAAUUCUGAGCUGAUGGCCAGUCUCAUCGGCGUAGCAUCUUCUCCUUUUCCCACUCAAACCUCUCAUCUCCUCCCAUCUCGCUCCACUUCCAUAUCGUCCCUCAUUCAACUCAAGAGAGAUUCGGGUCGGCGAUUGUUGUUGUUUCGAGUGAACUGCUCAUCGAGACAGGUCGGAGAUGCAGAGACAGAGUCAGAAUCUAAGGUGGUGUUGCCAGAUACUUCUACUGAUACAAGCAUUUCAGCAUACAAUUGGUGUGCAGCACUUGGAGGGAUUGGUUUUCUCGAGACUUCUUACUUGACGUUCCUCAAGCUCACUAACUCCGAAGCAUUUUGUCCUGUUGGUGAUGGCGGCAGCUGCGGUGACAUCCUCAACAGCAGCUACUCAGCUGUGCUUGGUGUUCCUCUUCCAUUGAUUGGUAUGGUUGCUUAUGGAGUAGUUGCAAUACUUGGGAUACAAUUGGGCCAGAAAAGCAGGCCUCUUGGAAUUGGUGAAGCUAAUGGGCGUUUGGUUUUACUUGGAACAACUACUUCCAUGGCUGCUGCCAGUGCAUAUUUCUUGUACAUCCUGAGCACAAAAUUCACUGGGGAAUUUUGUCCAUACUGUUUAGCUUCUGUCCUGUUGUCGUUUGGUUUGUUUUUCAGCAGUGUAAAGGGUUUGGGGUUUCAAGAGGUGCAAAAAGAUGUGGGUAUACAGUUACUUAUAGUUCUCUUGGUGGUUUCCACCCUAAACAGUUCAUACAAUGUCUCUCAGCCUACAAACACCAGUUCUGCUAUGGCUGAGAUGGAAUACUUUACAACGGAGCUCACAUCAGAGUCUACACCUUUUGCUAUAUCCCUAGCGGAACACCUGCGUUCAAUUGGGGCAAAAAUGUAUGGGGCUUUCUGGUGUUCUCACUGCCAGGGACAAAAGCAGAUGUUUGGACGAGAAGCAGCAAAGUUACUAAACUAUGUAGAAUGCUUUCCUGAUGGACUUAAGAAAGGAGCUUAUAUGGCCAAUGCAUGUCAAGAAGCAAAACUCGAAGGAUUCCCUACAUGGGUUAUCAAUGGGGAGGUUCUUAGUGGAGAGAAGAAGCUUUCGGAGCUGGCUGCAGUGUCUGGUUUCAAUAUGAAAGAAGAACUUACUGAGGCUAAAUGAGCUUCAUUGACCAACACAGUCACAUAUCAGGAUAUGGAAGUUUAUAAAAUCAUAUUAUUAUUGCCCUCUGGUAUUUAUAUAGUUUCAUAAUGUAAUUAUCUUCUUGUGUUAGUAAACUGAGUAGAUAGUACGAUAAAGUGAAGGAUCCGAAUUGACCGUCUUCUGAGUAUAUAUAUCAAGCAAUUCCUAUUACCCACAA